CUUCAUUGCAUUAAAUCAAGAUGGGUAUCAAAGGUUUAACAGGUUUAAUCAGCGAUGAAGCUCCAGGUGCAAUUCAAGAUCAUGAGAUCAAAUCAUACUUUGGCAGAAAAGUAGCAAUUGAUGCAAGUAUGAGCUUGUAUCAAUUCUUAAUCGCCGUUCGACAAUCUGAUGGUCAACAAUUGAUGAGCGAUAGUGGUGAAACGACAAGUCAUUUGAUCGGUUUCUUUUAUAGAACGUUAAGAAUGAUAGAUUAUGGUAUUAAACCAAUGUAUGUCUUUGACGGGAAACCACCAGACCUAAAAGCAAAAGUCUUGGCAGGACGGUUUGGAAGACGUGAAGAAGCACGCGAAGAAGAAGAAGAGGAGAAAGAUGUUGCAACGAACGAACGUGCAGAUCAACUUGCUCGUCGUCAAGUCAAAGUAACAAAAACUCACAAUCAAGAAGCACGAGAUUUACUCAAACUUAUGGGAAUUCCAUGCAUCACCGCACCAUCCGAAGCAGAAGCGCAAUGUGCUGAAUUGGUCAAAGCUGGAAAAGUGUAUGCUGUUGGAUCGGAAGAUAUGGACACUCUCACAUUCGGAACGCCAGUCCUGUUGAAACAUUUGACGUUCUCAGAAGCAAAGCGUAUGCCUGUUGCCGAGGUUAAUCUCGAGAAAGCAUUAAAGGGAAUGGAGAUGGAGAUGGAUCAAUUUAUCGAUUUGUGUAUCUUGCUGGGUUGUGAUUAUAUGGACCCAAUCAAAGGUAUGGGACCAAAGACUGCACUCAAACUCAUUCGGGAACACAAGACGAUCGAAGGGGUUUUGGAACAUAUCAAGGAUAGCGGAAAAAAGAUGGUUGUACCGGAAGUAUGGCCAUACGAAGAAGCACGUGAGAUCUUCCGUAAACCAGAUGUAACAGCAGGAGCAGAGAUGGACAUCAAAUGGGAAGCACCAGAUGUGGAAGGCUUGGUGCAAUUCAUGUGUACAGAUCGUGGAUUCAACGAAGAUCGAAUUCGUAAAGGAGCAGAUAAGUUACAAAAAGCAUUAGCACAAAAACAACAAGGUCGUUUGGACAGCUUCUUUACCAUCAAAUCACCUCAACCGAAACGUAAACAAGAAGAGAAAGAGGACAAAAAGAAGCCUAGCAAGAAGACCAAGAAGAAGUGAAUUGCAUCGUGUCACUCAUUCUGUAAUAUAUUGUAUUUAUUCAUAUAGUCAUCGUCAGACAACCUAUGAGCUGCAUUUCAGGAACGUAGCUUCAAC